GCAGAGGUCAGACCUCAGAGUGCGGGCGGACCGCGGAGAGACACGCUCAGUUCAUCUACAGGAGGAUGGAGGUGGAGAACCGACCCAACGGAUUUGACUUCUCCAAACGGGACAAAUUACUGAGCAGCGGUUUUUAUGAAGAGAACUCCCUUCAGGAUGACACAGAGGACGGUGGUGAGCGGUGGUGUCUGAUCUGUGGGGACCGGGCAUCCGGGCUGCACUAUGGCAUCAUUUCCUGUGAGGGGUGUAAGGGCUUCUUCAAACGCAGUAUUUGCAACAAGCGCAUCUACCGCUGCAACAGAGACAAGAACUGCCAGAUGUCCCGCAAACAACGCAACCGCUGUCAGUACUGCAGACUGCAGAAAUGCCUUCAGAUGGGAAUGAACCGCAAGGCAAUCAGAGAAGACGGGAUGCCAGGAGGGAGAAACAAAAUGACUGGGCCUGUACAGAUCUCGCUGGAGGAGAUCGAACGAAUCAUGUCUGGCCAGGAGUUUAAAGAAGGAGCUGAACUAUCAGAUAGGUGGAGCCACGGCUACAGUUCACCUGGCAACAGUAUCUCCGAGGGCGGUCAGACCUUAUCUUUUUCCGCGCUGUCAACCAGCUGUUCUGUGGAUGUGAGCACAUACCCUGCGUCCUGUAGAGAUCAGUGCAGCAGUCCUCAGCUGACACACUCUUUCCUGUUGUGUAAAUAUCCUUUACCGCCCUCUACUGGCAGCAGCCUGAAGACACAAUCGCAAACACUGUCAGCCCAGCUACUCGCUGCUGAAAAUCUCACACCUCUCACUACACCCAUGGUCAUAGAAGAGGGGUAUAAUGUGACUCAAUCGGAGCUGUUGGCUCUGCUGUGCCAUAUAGCUGAUGAGCUGUUAUUCAGACAGAUUGUCUGGCUGAAGCGUUUACCCUUCUACAACAAUCUGUCCAUCAAAGACUGCACUCGUUUACUGGGGGCUUCCUGGCAUCAGCUCAUCCUGCUCUCCUCACUCACUGUGCACAGCGGACAGAUACUGGGAGAACUGGCCAACAUCACACACCAGUACACACCGUCAAGCCUAACACUACAGGGGUUUGGUGAGGAUGCUAUGGAGGUCAUGGAGAGUUUCAAUUUUCUCUUCCGUAAGUUUCAUCAACUAAAUAUCAGCAGUGAGGAGUACAGCUGCUUAAAGACCAUCACCCUGCUCAAUCAAGAUAUGGCAGGUUUGUGCAACACAUCCACACUGGAACAGUUGAGUGAACGUUACUGGUCUGUGUGUCGUGACCUGACAGAACGACUCCACCCUCGUCGACCCAAACGCUUCUCUGACAUCAUCACCUGCCUUUCCGAGAUACGCCACACCUCAGGUAAGAUGAUGGCCAUUCCAUUGGAGCAGCUCCCACUGCUGUUUAAGGCUGUACUGUACUCCUGCACAACCAAUCAAAACCCCUGGCUAGCCAACAGCUCCACCUCCAAGACAUAAGCCAUGACUCCAACUAGCUGU